AUGGAGCCACCGCUGCCAACGACCGUGUCUACGUGCACCUCUGAGACGGCGAGGGGCAAGCACGUGUUCAACAUCGCCGGCUACCAUCUGCACAAGGGUAUGGGCGCCGGCGAGUCCAUACGGUCCGCCACCUUCGCCGUCGGCGGCUACGACUGGUGCGUCCGCUACUACCCCGAUGGGGACAUAUCCCGGGACUGCAGGGGCUAUGUCUCGGUCUACCUCGAGCUCCUCACCAGGGACGCCGAGGUCAGGGCGGACUACGUGUUCAGGCUCAUCGACUCGACCAGCGCUCUGCCGUCGGUGGUCCGCAGGUUUACCAGCAAGUACACCCCCGUCGACCCAGAUGAUGAUCCCGAUGGCUAUGGAGCUAACAAGUUCAUGAAACAGAGUGAGCUAGCAUCGUACCUAAGGGACGACCGCCUGGUGAUUGAGUGUGAGGUCAAGGUUAUCAAGCAGCCGCAGGUGAAGGAGGAGGAGACCGUCUCCGUCGCCGCACAUAUUGAGGUGCCGCCGUCGGACCUGCCGAAUCAUCUCAAGAAAUUGCUGGAUGGGAGGAGAGGAGCAGAUGUGACUUUUGAAGUUAAAGGCGAGGUUUUCCCUGCUCACAAGAUUAUGCUCGCGACACGAUCGCCGGUCUUUGAUGCUCAACUCUAUGGACCCCUGAGUGAUUCCGCGGGUGACAACAUAAUCAUCGAAGAUAUGGAGCCUCCUGUUUUCAAGGCGUUGCUUCACUUCAUCUACACAGAUUUGCUGCCUGCUGCUAUGGAUGACCUUGAUGAUGGUGAGAACCAAGACAUGGUUAAGCACCUGCUGGUGGCCGCCGACAGGUAUGCCAUGGACAGGAUGAAGAUGUUAUGCCAAGGUAUUCUCUGCAAGAGCCUUGAUGUUCAAACUGUGGCGACAACAUUGGCGCUAGCUGAUCAGCAUCACUGCAGCAAGCUGAAAGAUGCAUGUGUUGAAUUCAUCCUCUCUUCAAACAGAAUGGAUGAUGUGGUGGCAAGCCAAGGGUAUGCGCACCUCAAAAGAUCUUGUCCUGCUCUCAUGUUUGAUGUCUUUGAGAGGGCUACCAAGUCUCGCAAAAUUUAA